AUGAGGUCCUACCUCCUCCGCAUGUUGCUGUUCCUCUCUCUGGCGCUCGCCAAAUAUUCCGCUUGCUUUCUUGUGGAUACGCGAGAGAGGCAGACACGUGUCUACUGCGCCGCUCCCGUUUCCCCUGCAGCUGCUGCCUCUACACGAUCUCUGAGUGCAGCAUGCAGCACGCCGCACACAAGAGGCCCACGAAGGGGCUUAUUGCAAGACACUUGGCGCAGUAAUUCGAGGAGUCAAGCCUCUUUCCCGGCGUCAUCGGCUUUUCUGGCUGCAAGUUUCAACAGUGCGAGUUCUGCCACCCCUGCGGAAACUGAACACUCUCCGACUUGCCCAGAGAAAAAAGAAGUAACCCCACACUGCGCUUCAACAGCACCAGGCGCUGCUUCUCCUUCUGGAGAAGCGCCAUAUGUACAGCGUGGUGGUGUGCAUGCAGAACCCUCAAGGUUGUCCGAGAGGGCUCCUCAAAGCCCAGACGAUCUUGAAUGCGUAGAAAUCGAUGCAUCACUGGAGGGAGUGAGUCGAGAGGGGCUAUUGCAACUGCUUCGAGACGUGCAGCAACGUUUGCCUGAGAUGUACAAGCAUCUUGCUGCAGGCCUUCCUUCAGAUCUUGCAACCGUGUCAACGGAGCAGCUACGGAUGCUCCUUGAGCAGCUCCUCGACUUUGCGGAAGUUGCAGAUGCAGGCGGACCAGAUAAUGCUGAGGAAUCCCCCGCAGGUGAACGUACACUGGAAAAGCAGCAGCAGCAGCAGCAGCAGCAGGAGAGUACGGAUCACCCUGAGGGCUGCACAGCACGCGGAGAGCAACUUUCGACUCCCCUUAAGCGAGCUGCUGCUGAAGCCGAUGCUGCUGCUGCUGCUGCCGUGGUUGAGGCUCAGCAGCUCCUGGAUUUAGGGGCAGCAGAAGAAGAGACACGCCCCCUGUUUCCAGAACUACAGCAGCAGCUGUCUGGACUCACGGAUGAAGAUGUGUGGGAUCUCCUGUUAAUUAUGGGGCCUAUUCUGGAGUCGCUCCUGCCUCCAAAGCGUUCCCUGCAACAGCCUCAGCAGCAGGAGCAGCAGCAGGAGCAGCAAAGCGCCAGCGACACGCAGCUUCUGGAGCGGUUCUUGGAGGAAACUCGGGUCGAAAGACGAGCUUUAGCCGCAGAGGCAGAGGCCAUGAGGCGUUUGGUACAGGAGAAGGCGAUGCCUCUCUCUGCAGGUGCUCGCAGAGAAUUGCUGUUGACGCUUCUCGCAGUAGCCGAGGCUGAGACAUACUGCCCGAAAGAGCCAGAGGUCUGCCAGCUUCUAGCCCUCACUCUUCCCUCGAAAAGUGCCUCACCUGCUGGCGAUGAGGCACAAAGUGACCCUCGAGGUGCAGCCGCGGAAGCACCGAACGGCCGCAUCCGCCACUCCGACGCAGCCUUUGCAGCGUGGAGACGGUUGCUUCAGCAGCCUGAGAAUGCCGCUCCAGGGGAGCCUCCCCUUACGGAAGCCGAAGUAGCAGCCCUGAGCGACGAAGAGGUGAAGCUGCGCUACACCCAGGCCCUUCAGAAGGCAAGGAGCGAUGGCAUUAGAGCUACGCUCAGGCGCUGUGAGCACGGCGAUUCGGCUGGGCCCCCUCUGCUGGACUGCAAGGUUCAGCCGUCUCGGGAAGAUGCAGGUGAUCUCAAAAGCGACUCGAGCGCCUUCCGAAGAGACCACCGUCUCCCUCCCGCUGGGCUAGAGACUCCCCCCCGACAAGAGCAGCCUCACAGGCAAUCGCCGCAGCAGCACAGCCUCGAGAGAAGGGAGUCUCCCGUUCACUCCGUCCAGACCGAGGCUUUGCCUGCUGGAGGCGCAGCAGCACCAGCGCGUCGCGACACGACUGCAGAAGGGCUGCAAGUCGAAGGCGCAGCUCAGGGGGAGAACGCCUCCACUGACUCCUCGAAGUCACAUCCUGCACAGCCGACUGCCAAAGCCUCGUCCCCAGCAGUUCUUGUCUCCACGAACGCUGGAGGAGCAGACGUGGGCUCCUCGCCACUGCCUGAAACAGCAACGGCGCACAGCGAGCAUGGCUCUCCCGAGGAAUUCAAGGAGGCGAUCCUUGCCACUCCUCUUGCGUCUCCGGAGCCACCAGCGGCGCCUCAGAGCUCCUCGCAAGCAACUCCUGGAAACUCUGCUCCUGCGAGUCGACGACCGCCAGAUGACCAUCCUGGUCCGCCUAGUCGCUUCGCCGCACUGGGUUUGAGCCGCUCCGUGAGCGAGGCAGUCGGUGCAGUCUUGGAGGGAGCUUCCUCCAAGCCGACGCCGACACAGCGAGUGGCAAUCCCUCAAAUUCUGCGAGCCUUAUCCGAAGCGGCGAGGAGAGGGAGGGUUCAAAGUCGCGGAUUCAACGGACUUGCGGUGGACCGCUUGGUGGCUGUGCGCUCCCAGACAGGAAGCGGCAAAACGCUGGCUUACCUGCUGCCGCUCAUGCAGGUGCUAAAGGAGCAGGAAACAGCGGCUGCUGCAGCUCACCGCGGCGUGUCGGGGGAGGGCCCCUUCAGGAGUCUGAUGGACCUCGACGGGGCCCCUCACGACUUGGGCAUGCAGCACGACUUGGGCAUGCAGCACGGGGAGUUUUUUUCCCCACAGGGCCCACGUGCGCUCGUUGUUUGCCCUUCGAGGCCGCUCGCCUCUCAAGUGGCUUCUGCGGCUGCAGCUCUCGCGAAGAGCAUCAGGCUGUCAGUCAGUUGCGCCACGGGAGGAGUCGGGGUGGGAGCGCAGCGUCGGUCCUUGCUGCAGCGUCCUCCGGAUAUCCUGAUUGGCACGCCCGAUCGUCUCUUGCGGCUGACGCGCCGCUCUCCUGGCGAGGAGGGAGAACCGGGGACGAGAGGACGGAGAGGUGGCGGCGCCUGCAGAGCAGCGGUGGGAAGGCUUCCCAGCCUCGCGAAUGUGCAGUUCUGUGUCUUGGACGAGGCGGAUGUUCUGUGGUCUGGCGGCUUCAAAGAGGAUCUCCAGAGGCUGCUGACGCGCUCUGGAUUCGUGCGCCUAGGAUCUCCUCAGCACCCCCAACUGCAGGGAGAAGCAAGGGGACGGCUUCGAGUGCUGCUGACCUGCACCGCGACACCUGAUAGUGGGGUCGAAGAGAGCCUUCGUGCCUUGUUGCAGCUAGCGCCGCAGAGGGUGCUCUCAGUCUCGGGGGGCCCCUCCUUCCCCCCCCAGCGUCAGUUGCGGCACGAGAUGAUGCAAGUGCUCGGCGCAGACCGCUUCUUGCUGCUCCUCGAACAACUCAAGAUCCAUCCAGACCUCCGAGGCAAGAAGAAGGUGCUGGUCUUCUGCAACACAGUGGACAGUUGUCGUGCCUGCUGCCACCAUCUGCAGGCUGCCGGCCUUCCUGCAGAGGGCUAUGACGGCUCUUUGCCCGCGAGUAUCCGCGAGAGGAGUCUCCGUGCCUUCCAAGGAGGAAGCGGUCAAAGGAUUUUGGUGGCAACGGAUGCCGUCGCACGAGGGCUGCACAUCGGGGGAGUGGAGGCUGUUGUGAAUGCGGACUUCCCCCUCACGGCAGUUGAGUACCUUCACAGGGCUGGAAGGACUGGCCGGCUGGGCUCCAAUGGAUUUGUAUUUUCCCUCGUCGCUAAGCGCGACGCAGCAGUUGCAUCAGCCGUCCGAGCAUCCCUAUCGACAGGCGUUUCUAUUGAUGAAGUUGAUGAAUGCAAGCCCAGCUAUAAGAAGUCGAGUAGACAGCGAAGUAAGCCCCUUCAACGCAGUAAGCCGGUGUCCAAGGCAAGACGAGCAGGCUGGAAGCCCCCGCGGCCUCGUGCUUCCAAUGCUUUGCAGGCCUAG